AUGAACCAUCCACAAGAAGUUCUCUUUUCCCGCGAGGAGCGCACCACCUACGUGUCUACCCUCGUCCCUGCCCCGUCCAUUCAGCCGACUCCGUCUCCUGCACGCGCCCGCAUAUGCAUCGUCGUAGUUAAAGUCUCCAUCGCCGUGACCAUCUCCGUCAGCUCCCUUGCGGUCCUCAUCUGGCUCAUCUACCGUCCCCAGACGAUCCAUGUCGCGGUCAGCACCGCGACGCUCGCCCGCUUCGGCCUGAACACCACGGACUCGGAGAGCGCCCCGGUGCUGUCCUACAACCUCACGGCCAAGCUGGCCAUCUCGAACCCCAACACGCGGGUGUCCAUCUACUACGACCAGCUCCAGGUGGCGGGGUUCUACCAAGGGAAGCGGUUCGGUAAGACCGCGUUGCCGGUGUCGUUCCAGGGCACGAGGCACGCCGACACGGUGCCGGUCAUGUUCGUGGGCAACUCGACCAUGGGCUUCGGGGACUCGGUUGUCGACGCGUUCCGUGGUGACAACGGCACGGGGGUGUUCCCCGUGGACCUGUCGGUCGACGGGGCCGUGCGGUACAAGUUCGGCGAGCUGAUGACCACCUCGGCGAGCACGCUGUCGGUCAAGUGCCGUCUGCCGCUGCAGCCGAUGGUGGCAUCGGGUUCGGUAGAGUGUUCUGUGUCGACUUCUGAUUAG